UUUUGUAUGGAAUCAACAGUUGAAUGGUCGGUGGUGGCUGUGUGUUGUGUAUUUGUUUUAAGUUUUAUUUGUUGAUUGUUAUGAAAGAUGGAUGUUAACGACGCGCAUGUUGGUCAAAUUAAAGUCAGAGAUGAUAUCGGCGUCAGAUGCCAGAAGUUGUUCUUAGAUUUCCUUGAAGAAUUCAAAGAGGACGGAGAGUAUAAAUAUUUGGAGCCAGCCAAGGAGCUGCUGCAGCAGGAGAGAAGUUUAAUAGAAAUCAGCUUUGAAGAUGUUGAGAGGUACAAUCAGAACUUAGCCACAACCAUCAUCGAGGAGUAUUACAGGAUCUAUCCGUACCUGUGUCAGGCAGUCUCCAAUUUCGUCAAAGAUAGAUCCGAACUGAAGGUUUCCAAAGAUUGCUACGUUAGUUUUGUGGAUGUGCCUACCAGGCAUAAAGUGAGAGAGUUGAAGACUGAGAAAAUCGGAACCUUGGUUAGGAUUUCUGGUCAGGUUAUAAGGACGCAUCCGGUGCAUCCCGAACUGGUUUUGGGUACAUUCGUGUGCGUUGAUUGCCAAACAGUUACCAAGAAUGUGGAGCAACAAUUCAAGUACACGAAUCCGACGAUCUGUAGAAAUCCCGUCUGCAAUAACCGCGGGAAGUUCGUUCUGGACGUUGAUAAAUCGACGUUCGUCGAUUUCCAGAAGGUGCGUAUUCAAGAAACGCAAGCGGAAUUACCUAGAGGCUGCAUUCCCCGGAGCGUCGAGAUCGUGCUGAGGGCGGAAAACGUCGAAAUGGUGCAGGCUGGAGAUCGUUACGAUUUCACGGGAACGUUGAUCGUCGUGCCUGAUGUUGGGGCGAUGUCUAUGCCAGGAGCGAAGGCUCAAAUCAACUCGAGACACAAAGGUGGAGAUGAAACGGAAGGUUUACGCGGAUUGAAAUCGCUGGGUGUACGCGAUUUGCAUUACAGGAUGGCCUUUCUGGCGUGCAGCGUUCAACCGACGAAUCCACGAUUCGGAGGUGUCGAAAUGCCUUUGGACGAGAUAACGCCGGAGAUGAUGAAGAGGCAGAUGACAGAGGGAGAAUGGAAGCACAUGUACGAGAUGAGCCACGACAGGAAUCUGUACAAUAAUCUGAUAACCAGUCUGUUUCCGAGCAUCCACGGCAAUGACGAGGUGAAGAGGGGAAUACUGUUGAUGUUGUUCGGCGGUGUACCGAAGAUUACAGUUGAGGGAACAACGCUGAGAGGUGACAUAAACUGUUGCAUCGUCGGUGAUCCGAGCACGGCGAAAUCGCAGUUCCUCAAGCAGGUUUCCGAGUUCGCUCCGCGCGCCGUUUACACGUCGGGAAAGGCCUCCUCCGCGGCCGGUUUGACAGCAGCCGUCGUCAGAGAUGAGGAAUCUUCUGAUUUCGUCAUCGAAGCCGGUGCUUUGAUGUUGGCGGACAACGGCGUCUGCUGCAUCGACGAAUUCGAUAAAAUGGAUCCACGAGAUCAGGUGGCCAUCCACGAGGCGAUGGAACAGCAGACCAUCUCCAUAGCGAAAGCGGGAGUUCGAGCGACCCUCAACGCGAGAACUUCGAUCUUGGCCGCCGCGAAUCCGAUCGGCGGACGUUACGAAAGGAACAAAUCGUUGCAGCAGAACGUCGCCUUCUCGGCUCCGAUCAUGUCGCGUUUCGAUCUUUUCUUCAUCCUGGUAGAUGAAUGCAACGAGGUCGUCGAUUAUGCCAUCGCCAGGAAGAUCGUCGACCUGCACAGCAACGUGGAGGAGGAGCACGUGGAUCGCGUGUACAGCAAAGAGGAGAUUCUACAGUACAUAACUUUUGCGAAAAAGUUCAAACCGAUGAUCAACAGCGAGGCCGCCGAUAUGCUGGUGAGGAACUACAAUCAUCUUCGUUUGAGAGACACGACGAGCAGCGGGAAAUCCACGUGGAGGGUGACCGUCCGUCAAUUGGAAAGUAUGAUCCGACUGGCGGAGGCGAUGGCCCGAAUGGAGAUCUCCGAGGAAGUGCAAAUAAAGCAUGUCAAGGAAGCGUUCAGGCUAAUGAACAAGAGCAUCAUCAGGGUAGAACAACCGGACAUUCAUCUGGACGACAACGACGGACCCAUGGUGGAGGAUGAAGUUUCUACUGUCGAGGAGGAAUCGCAACCCGUUAAGAAGAAGCUGGUUCUUAGUUUCGAGGAAUACAAGACGCUGAGCAACAUGAUUGUAGUGCACAUGAGGCGGGAGGAGACUAAAUGCGAGGAGGAGAAUCGCGAAGGGUUGAAACGCAGCGAUCUUAUAGAGUGGUAUUUAACGCACAUCGCCGAUCAAAUCGAAUCCGAGGAUGAACUGCUUGUGAAGAAGGAACUAGUGGAGAAAGUCAUAGAAAGGCUCAUAUAUCACGACCAAGUCAUAAUUCCAUUAACCAGAGUAGGAUUGAAGGGUGGCAACGAUCAGACGGACGAAGAAGACCCCACACUUGUGGUCCAUCCAAACUACAUAAUCGAUCAAUGAGCUCUUCGUUUAUUUUAAUGUAACCCAUAUUGUUUCCAAUAAAAUUUUAUAUUUUUGUGUA